AUGGUUCAGAAGAAGAAGAUUGGAAUUAUUAGUGUAACCGCUUUAAUCUUUGUUGCCAUGGUGGUGGCUAUCGUGGAUAGUGUUAUCCGUAGAGGUACCGGCGACGGUGGCGAUCUUUCAACUAGUCACGUUACCGCUACAUCAAAGGCUAUCAAAGCCAUUUGUCAACCAACUGAUUAUAAAGAAACUUGUGAAAAGAGCCUCGCAACUGAAGGGGGAAACCUGACCAAUCCUAAAGACUUGAUUAAGCUUGAGUUUAAAGUUGCAAUUGAUGAAUUGAAGCUGGCCCUUAAAAACACAUCCGCAGGGAAAGAAGCAAAUAAAGAUCCAAAGGUCAAACAGGCUUUUGCGAAUUGUAAUGAUCUUCUGGAGUCAGCCGUUGAAGAUCUCAAUGUCUCCUACAGUAAAAUGGGUGCACUUGAUAUUGGUAAAGCUGAUGGUUACAUUCAAGACGUGAAAGUUUUUCUCAGCGGGGCUGCCACAUUCCAAGAAAGUUGCUUGGAUGAAUUUAAAAACGUAAAGGGCGAUUUUGGAGAGAAAAUGAAAAGGCUUUUGAAUACUUCAAGGGAGCUGACAAGCAAUGGUCUUGCAAUGAUGAAUGAUUUCUCUUCAGUCCUCAACUCAUUGAGCAUAACAAGCACAAAGAGACGGCUUCUCUCUCGUGAUGAAUUUCCUUCAUGGCUUAAUGAGGGCCGCCGUAGACUCCUUGAUGAAACUCCAGGAACAAUCCAAGCUGAUGUUAUUGUAGCUCAGGACGGCAGCGGCAAGUUCAAGACCAUUUCUGAAGCUCUCAAUCUUGUCCCGGACUUCAAGAAUAACCCUACCAAUAAGUCAUUUGUAAUUUACAUCAAAGAAGGAAUUUAUAGCGAGUACGUGACAGUCACAAAGAAAAUGCCAAAUGUUAUGUUCAUCGGCGAUGGCCCCCUAAAGACCAAAAUCACUGGCAACAAGAAUUUCAUUGACGGAACAAAUACAAUGAACACAGCAACAGUUGCCGUAUUGGGGCCCAAUUUCAUAGCGAAGGACAUUGGAUUUGAGAACAGUGCGGGAGCUGAGAAGCACCAAGCUGUGGCCUUGCGUGUUCAAGCUGACUGUUCAAUCUUACUCAACUGCCAAAUGGACGGAUACCAAGACACUCUCUACGCUCAUGCUCAUCGCCAAUACUACCGAGACUGCACCAUUACUGGCACCAUUGACUACAUCUUUGGUGAUGCAGCUGCCGUUUUCCAGAACUGCAAGAUGAUAUUCAGGAAACCAAUGGCCAACCAAGCCGUCAUCGUCACAGCCCAAGGAAGAAGCGACAAGAAUUCAGUCACAGGACUUGUUCUCCAAAACUGCACCAUCACUGGUGACCCUGAAUACGUGAAGGUGAAGGAUACUAACAAGGGUUACCUCGGCAGGCCCUGGAAGAUGUUCUCAAGAACAGUUUAUUUGCAGUCUGAGAUUGAAGAUGUGAUUCAGCCCGAUGGAUGGUUACCUUGGGAUGGUAACUUUGCUCUUGACACUUGUUGGUACGCGGAAUAUGGCAAUAGGGGUCCUGGUUCUGACACGGCAAAGAGAGUUACAUGGCCUGGUAUUCAUAAGCUCACUCCUGAGCAAGCUGCCGAUUUCACCGUCGAGAAGUUCUUUGUGGUCGAUUGGAUUAAGCCCACUAGUGUGCCUUACAACUUUGGCAUGUUCUGA